ACUUAUUAAAUUUUUUCUUAAAUUAAAAAUUUUAUGUGAGCGAAAGAAAAAAAUUAUAAAAUAAAAAUACAUUCCUACAUAAAAAACAAUAUUUUUUGUUAUUUCAUAGAAUUAAUAUUAUAACUUCUUUCUUUCAGAAAAGUAAAACUGAUGAAAUAAAGGACAGAGAUUAAUCAAAGCGGAUGCAACUCUGUGGUUAAUGAAUAUGCGCUAUUACAAUUUAUAAUCAAUGCAAUACGUAACAUAUCUGAGCGUGUCACAUUGGGAACAAUUUGCAUAAGAAUAUCCGAUCGCGAGGCAACACGUGUUUACGGCGUGCAACAGCUGUAACUAUCUCUUUCUCUUUUUUUUUCCUUUUUUUUCUAAUUACAUAGAAGGCCCUUACAGAAAUUUCUGGUAAUUUUUCUAUGCGGUUUUUUGUGAUGCUAUGAACUCUAUGAACUAAAAGGGUAUCGGUUUGCGCGUUUUCAACAUUAUCGAAGAUAUCAUUCGGAGCAAAAAACAAAUCCAGUUCGACUGAUAUUCGGUCCCCCAACAAAAAUUUACAAAAAUUGCGACGACCAAUACUGAUCACUUGUUUCGCACGUCUGCUCGUUAACGUCUCUUCGAGCGGCCACGGAAAAUUAAACUCGUCCGAUGUUUCAGAAAUCAUGUUAAUGUGACCUGUACACACGUGUUACGCCGCAUAAAAGAAAAAAUACAAGAAAAAAAUAGAAAAUAUAAAAAAAUAUGUAUAUUACUAACCAUAAAAUUAACAAUGAAUAUAAAUAUUUUGCCCGACCUCAAAAAUCCGCACAUAAAUUUUUAUAUAUAUAAAGAUUAUAUAAAAAGAAUGGAUUUAAAAAAUAUUUGUAAUUUUAAACCUUCAAAAUAUUCUCAAAAGACUAAGAAAGUCUUCAAAAGAUUGAGAAUUUUUGAAAUUCAACCAAUUUUUUAAAUAUAAUACUUUAGUAUCUUUUGUAAUAGAUUUUUCACUUUUUUUUAUAUCUGCAGGUUUUCUGCGAUUGGGCAACAUUUAACAUAUUCAAAAUUUUAUUGUUAGUGAUAUUUAAUUUUUAAAUUUAUAUUGCUAUUUAUACUGCAACUUAGAUUUCACAUAAUUUACAUUCUAUUUUAACUUAUUUUUAUAGUUAAUUAGAUAGUAUAUAGUACAAUGUGACAGUAAUACAAUACAAUAUAGUUUUGACAUAUUUUUUAUUAAACAUAUGCCUAUACUUUUUUUUCUUUUUAUGCGCGCGUUGAUCGCGCGGGUAUCGUUCGAUGAAUCGACACAUUUUAACGAAUGGCAAGUGACCACUUUAAUCUGCCACCGUGAUAUCUUUUUGCACAUUUAUCUCGUAUCCUACUGGAGCGAAAAAAAUGCGAACGAAAAAAAAGCCGACGUUGCAGACUGUAAUAUUAUUUUCCGCGGCUUAUUUACUCGUUUAUCACUAAUGCAUCUUCUGUGUUAAUUUUGAACUGUCGCUUCGCUCUGCCGAAGGUGAAGUGUCACACUCCAUCAAUGUUUCGCAGAAGAUCGCAAAUAUUAAUUAUCAUUUUCAUGAAAUUUCAAUGCUCCCACGGUGCAGAGAGAGGGAGAGAAAGAGAGAGAGAGAGAGAGAAAGAGGGAAUAAUGACAAUGCAUCAUUAAUAAUCGGCUUAAGCUGUUAACGCUAAAAAUAUGCAGUUCGUUAAUCAGAUCGGCGCGUCAAUGACACCUGUUUUAUUACAGCACGCAUAUGCUACCUUGUAGCGUGUUAUUAGUAUAAGCGCUUCUCUUUACCAUGUGUACGAUAAAUUCCGCGGAAGCUCAUCGAAGCAACUCCGGCUGUGCAGAUCUGGCGCCGGGUGCCCGGCUAAAGUUACACGUGCAUGCUGGCGUCAAGAUCGCGGCGCUAAGCUGCAUGGAGCACGUGCCAUGCGUCUGCUGCGCCGCGGCGGCUGCGAGAGGAGGGGGAGAGCAAUAUUGCAACAGCAUUGAAAUAAUUUUUUCUUCUCAACAGAAAAAGUCAAGGUCGACGCCGCGCGGAAUAUUGGCGCCACACCAAUCUGGAAAUCGUUUGUUCCCUCGCCCCGCGAAAACGACGAAGGACUCGCGUCGUUAUCGAGUUGGGAGAUUUUCUCCCGAAAUUUAAUUAGAGAUCAAGAUGUUUUUUUUUUUUAUGACGAAUUGUAUUGGUUUAUGAAUACAUAAAUUUUUUUAUCGCAUUCGUCACAAAUGUUUAUACUCCAGCGGCGCUGAUUAGACGCUGAGGUGAGAAUCAGCCGAUCAGGACCCGCGACAUAAUACGGCCCAGACGGCGGCAAGGCGAGAGGAAUGCGCACCGGAGCACGCAGCACGCGCCCGCUCCGAUUCGCGUAUGCGCUGCGAUCACGUGAAUGUCACGCAUAGCGCGACGCCGGGGCGCAUGCGCGGCACUUGCACCGUGCCGGCCGGUUCGCGGCCGCUUUCAAAUCCUGCGGCUCAAACGCGUGUCGAACGUGGUGUAAGUAACGUGGUGGAACGGUACCGGGCGCGCGAUCGUCAGCGCGUCGGCCGAGAGGGUUGACAGUUGACACGCACACACACUCCCUCUCUCUCUCUUUUCUCUCUUCUCUCUCUUCUCUCUCCCUCUUCCCCUCCCCCUUCUUUAGCGCGCACAUGUCUGAUAUCGCGGGUUUCGCGACUUCUCGAGGAACGUCCGAUUGUCGUGGCGAGACGCGGUGAGAUAAGACCACAGCGAUCGGUCGUGCGCCUCGGAGUCGGUGAUAGACACGCGUGCGAUGCGCUACACCCUGGCCACUCUCAUGUGAGGAGGAGGAGGAGGAGAAGGAGGAAGAAAGAGCCGUCCGUUCAUUUCCCCGCCGAUUUUUCUAACGCCGCGACCGACGUCUCCUGCACCUCCUCCGUUCGGUUUAUGUUCACGUGAGAUACACAGACUCCCAAUUUGUGGUGGCCAUCAACUUACUAAUCGCGAUGCCACGUACAAUCGUACGCGACUACAGCUGACGACUUAGUCGCCGAUCUCGUAAGAGGGACAAGAGGAUACCUCAUAAAAAAAGGAAAGAAGGAACACGUCGGAUCGUCGAGAAAGCGGAGCCUGUGAGAGCUAUUUAAAUCCGCUCCUCGCCACGUCUGAGGAACCUGUCGUUUCAACUGCGAGAAACUAGUCUAAAUGUGUUCGAUAGCAAUGCCGGCCGAACUGAUUCUCCACAGUCCCCCGGUGUACAGCCCCCUGCUGUACGGCCCCUUAGUAGUCACGGCCCCGACGAUCACCAGCCGGUCGUCGCCCAGAAUCAGGCCGUGCCUUUCUUCGGGGUCCUUAUCGUUGGACUCACUACGAAACAACGAUGGCAAGCAAAAGAAACGGGUGGUAUUCGCCGAUGAUCGCGGCCGCCCUCUCACACAGGUUCGCGUGAUGUCGGAACCGAGCAACGUACCGCCACUGUGGAGCACGGCUUACGUGGCCGGCCUGACCGGGGGUCUGCUCAACAUGUCGAAGGCUCUGAGUCAGGAAGCGGCGCAGGAUAGCACGCCGCCUUGGCAGGUCACCUUUCCGCAGCCGGCAAGCGACUAUCUCGCCUUCCGGCGUAAGCUCGAUCAGGACAAUGUCAGCCUGGAGAACGUGAUCGUGCGCGAAUCCGAGCAGUGCCUGGUGGGCACGGUGAAGGUGCGGAAUCUGGCCUACGACAAGGAGAUCGUGGUGAGGGCCACCAGCGAUAGCUGGUCUACCCACGAGGACGUGCACUGCACGUACGUGGCUCAACCGGGUUCCCCGGGUCCCCUCAUUCUGUACGACACCUUCCGCUUCCGGCUCACCUUGCCGGUGACGUCGAAUGUCAUCGAGUUCUGCGUGAGAUAUCGCUCGGACGGCAAGGAAAUGUGGGACAACAACGACGGCAAAAACUACGUGGUUCGCAAAAAGCAGGACCCCCGAGUAGCAGCCACGCGAUACGACAGCAUCCAGACGACGAAAUGCGACGGGCUCGUCAACGGUAACGAGAUGAGGGAUGGCGUGCCGCAGAACGCGGAUGCCACCAGGUUGAACAUGCGUACCUGGAGCGAGUUCGCGUCUUGGCAGCAUCUGACCAACGACGCGCCCUACUGGUGAAUCGGCCGGCAAGGUGGUCGUAAUUCCCCUCGUCUCGACAUCCAAGUCAUGUGUGUACGAAGCUGUACGAACUCUUCCAGUUUUUCCUCACCUCGGCGACUUCGCCGGGACGUAGAUCACGCGGGAUCGCGAGUGCCGGGGAGCAUCUCACGAGGCACGUGAGAGUCCAUCAGGGACGUGGAAACGGAAUGGAAUAAACUCGGGAGGCAUGUGAAAAGAGAGGAGAACUGUGCGACGAAUUGAGUACGAGGAAAUAAGAGCACGCGUGCGGGAGAAAAAAGCAGUCGGGAGGGUGAUAGCGUGGGCGAUGGAGCCGGACGACGCGACGCCGAGCGUUGGAUAACGCAAUCUACACGAUUCCAGCAUCCAUAUUGUAUGACCGGUUCAUCGAGAUUAUAUCCAGCGUCUGCCUCCAUAGCAGUAACGCCAGUAGCCACGCUCACCAACGCGGAUAUCAUCAUUAUCGUCGCAUCGUUAUCUUCUCGAACGUCCUCUACUUCCUCUUCCGCCUCCUCAUUCCUGGGAUUUUCGGCCCGCCUGCGGACAGGAGUCCGUUUGGAUUGAACUUCCACCCUUCGAGUCGAUCCAUAUCUCGCUGGUCUCGUCAUAUCGGCCAAUAUUAUAGUCUCUGUAAGCUUUCUCUAUUUCUUCCUUUGUACGCUUCUUCCUAUUUGUCUUUUUCUUUCUUUCUCCCUUUCUUUCUACCUUCUCCGGCACUUUUAAUACAAUCCUUUCUGCGGAACACAAAUCGUCGACCGAGUGUCAAUUAUUUAUAUAACGGGAAACAGUUGGUUAACAGUUACGAGAUUUUACUGUAUAAAAUUGCAUCGCGAAGUGCCUUAGGGUGUCUUAAGGGGUUAGGCCAUCUUGAAAUUUUCAAUCAAAAAUUGAUUUUUUUUGCUAAAAACAUAGAGUAAUACCUUAGAGUACUAAAAAUAACAUGGUGCUGGAAUAAUGAUAAAUUAAAAACCUUUUAUUUUAUUUAAGAAUAUUGUUAUAACUUUAAACGCGUUUUUUUCAAAAUUUUUUAAGUCGGCAAGCAGCAGAAUUUUAACAGUAUCCUUAAAAUUAAAUUAUCUAAAGAAGUACAUAUUUUAUGAUUCAUUAAGUGUUUCUUAAGUUAUUGAGCAUUUUAUGAGAUUUUUUACGUAAAAAGGAUACUUUUUCCUCAAGUGCUUGCCAUUUCUUAAAAAUAAAUAUUUUUUAAUAUCAUGUGUACUUCUGUAGUAAAUUUCAUAUAAAUAAUAAAAAUUUUUUAUUUUGCUCUAUGAUCAACUGGUGACGAUUUCUACUGCUUGCCGUAGAGAAUGUUUCAAAAAAGGCGUGUUGCACUCUGUGGGACUAUAUCUGCUAUUUAAAAAAAAAUUUGAAAUUAAUAUAUGUAAAAUAAAGCCUAUUAAUUUGA